GCGCGUGCGCGCUGGGCCGGUUCGUCCUGUUCUGUCCCAAUCAUUGUAAACAGGCGGAGGCUGGGCGGGGUGGGAAUGGGGCGCCCGUGGCCGACCGGGAGGACAGUGCAGGAGGCGGCGAUCGUGGCUGCGGCGGCAGCUUGAGUGCGAGGAGGCGGCGGCUGCGGCUGGGCGGGCGGUCGCACGGCGGCAGGCACAGGUGUAAUGGAUAGGUGACAGAGAAGACCACUUCCUUUCUUGUCAGGGCAUCAGCAUGACUGAGUGCUUCCUGCCCCCGACCAGCAGCCCUAGUGAACACCGCAGGGCUGAGCAUGGUAGCGGGCUGACCCGGACCCCCAGCUCUGAAGAGAUCAGCCCUACAAAAUUUCCUGGCUUGUAUCGCACGGGUGAGCCCUCGCCUCCCCAUGACAUCCUCCAUGAGCCUCCUGAUAUAGUGUCUGAUGAUGAGAAAGACCAUGGGAAGAAAAAAGGAAAAUUUAAGAAGAAGGAAAAAAGGACUGAAGGCUAUGCUGCCUUCCAGGAAGAUAGUUCUGGGGAUGAAGCCGAAAGUCCCUCCAAGAUGAAGCGGUCUAAGGGAAUCCAUGUCUUCAAGAAGCCCAGCUUCUCUAAAAAGAAGGAGAAGGAUUUUAAAAUAAAAGAGAAACCCAAAGAAGAAAAGCACAAAGAAGAAAAACAUAAAGAGAAGAAGUCAAAAGACUUGACAGCAGCUGAUGUUGUUAAACAGUGGAAGGAAAAGAAGAAAAAGAAAAAGCCAAUUCAGGAGCCAGAGGUGCCUCAGAUUGACAUUCCGAGUCUCAAGCCUAUUUUUGGAAUUCCUCUGGCUGAUGCAGUUGAGCGGACCAUGAUGUAUGAUGGUGUUCCACUGCCGGCCGUCUUCCGUGAGUGCAUAGAUUACAUGGAGAAGCAUGGCAUGAAAUGUGAAGGCAUCUACAGAGUUUCAGGAAUCAAAUCAAAGGUAGAUGAGCUAAAAGCAGCCUAUGACAGAGAGGAGUCUCCAAACUUGGAAGAAUAUGAACCUAACACUGUAGCCAGUUUGUUGAAGCAGUAUUUGCGAGACCUUCCAGAGAAUUUGCUUACCAAAGAGCUUAUACCCCGAUUCGAAGAGGCUUGUGGGAGAACCAUGGAGAUGGAAAAAGUGCAGGAAUUCCAGCGCUUGCUCAAAGAACUGCCAGAAUGUAACCACCUUCUGAUUUCCUGGCUCAUUGUGCACAUGGAUCACGUCAUUGCGAAGGAACUGGAAACGAAAAUGAAUAUACAGAACAUCUCUAUAGUGCUUAGCCCUACCGUCCAGAUCAGCAAUCGUGUCCUGUAUGUGCUUUUCACACAUGUGCAAGAGCUCUUUGGAAAUGUGGUACUAAAGCAAGUGACGAGACCUCUGCGUUGGUCCAACAUGGCCACCAUGCCCACACUGCCAGAGACCCAGGCAGGCAUCAAGGAAGAGAUCAGGAGACAGGAGUUUCUUUUGAACUGUUUACACCGAGAUCUGCAGGGUGGGGUAAAGGAUUUAUCUAAAGAAGAAAGAUUAUGGGAAGUACAAAGAAUUCUGACAGCCCUCAAAAGAAAACUGAGAGAAGCGAAAAGACAAGAGUGUGAAACCAAGAUUGCACAAGAGAUAGCCAGUCUUUCAAAAGAGGAUGUUUCCAAAGAAGAAAUGAAUGAAAAUGAGGAAGUUAUAAAUAUCCUUCUUGCCCAGGAGAAUGAGAUCCUGACUGAACAGGAGGAGCUCCUGACCAUGGAGCAGUUUCUGCGCAGGCAGAUUGCCUCGGAGAAAGAAGAGAUUGAACGCCUCCGAGCAGAGAUUGCGGAGAUCCAGAGUCGCCAACAGCAUGGAAGGAGCGAAACUGAGGAGUACUCCUCUGAAAGUGAGAGUGAGAGUGAGGAUGAGGAGGAGCUACAGAUCAUUUUGGAAGACUUGCAGAGACAAAAUGAAGAGCUGGAAAUAAAGAACAAUCACUUGAACCAAGCAGUUCACGAGGAGCGCGAGGCCAUCAUCGAGCUGCGAGUGCAGCUUCGGCUGCUUCAGAUGCAGCGAGCCAAGUCUGAGCAGCAGGUGCAGGAGGACGAGGAGUCUGAGAGGCGCGGGGGCGGGGGCGCAGCACCCCGUGAAGGUGUCCUGGAGGUGAAAGCAGCUAAAGACCAGCCAAAGGCAGGCAAGGAGCAGGUCAAGCCCUCGCCUAGCAAAGACCGGAAGGAGACGCCCAUCUGAGCCAUGGCCACCACCGCCAGGCCCUGUGCAUCUUACUGUAAUGAGAGUCUCAGGCUCUCCUGCUGUACAUUCUGUAAAGGCUCUUCUCAGAGAUGCUUCCUCUUUCACACGUCUGACUUCUUGUCAGGCUCAGGUCCUGGGAGAGUGGAGCACUGGACGACUAGGGGCUUGUAGGGGACACAUGAGUUUCCAGAUAGUGUCAGCUUAUUUGAAAAUUAAUUUUCUUUGUUAAAAAUAACUAUUUUAACUCUUGAGUGGCUUCUUUUAAAACCAAAAAUUGUCUUUGCUUUUUUUUUUUUUUUUUUUUUUUUUUUUUAAAAAAAAUUUUUUUUUUUUUUUUUUUUUUUUUUUUUUUUUUUUAAAUUCACACCAGAAUCAGGAUCUCUCUCAUCCAAGGGGGGGAGAACCAAACCAGGUCACUUCUGCUCCUGCCUUGUGACGCUGGUGGUCUUGCCAGCCCCGCAGGAUCUCUGGCCACUCUUGCUUGUGCCUUUCACACCUUCUUGGUGCAGAUUGUUCUGUGGGGAGCUGCCUCCUAUUUUCUGACUGGUCAAAAUGGCUCUCACUGGGUGUUCCUUUUACCCACCCUGUAAUAACACUCUCUUUUACAGUUCUAAACCAAGUCUUGUAGCAGAGUCACCAGGAUGCCCUAGUUUGGUUGCAGACAGAGGCUCCUUGUGGAACCUGCCACCAUCCUCGGCAGUGCAGGUCCCGGUUACUCACUGCCAGGGAUCAGUAAAAGCCUUUCCACUAGGGUGGUUGAAGGCGACCACCUUGACUUGAGGCAUUCACAUGGAGAAUGCUUCUCAAACCAGAAACCUUUUACACAACUGACCUUCCAGGAAAACUAUAAUGCUUUUAGUUGCUUGCUUGGGCUAGAAUGUACAUGUCUCUUUGCCUGAAUAAGCCAUAUAUGCUCUUAAAGUUUAAAAUUGGCCAUAUUAUCUCAAGGAACCUACUUAGGAACUCCCUGACACAGUUGAAGAGUAGAGAAAAAAAAAAAAAAAAA